AUGGAGUGCAUUUUUAUGGACAUUCCAGAGUGCACGCUGGUGGAACGAGUGAAAGAACCGGCGUUCGUGUGCUGGGGGUGGUGUCACCGCGAAGAACGAGAAAUAGUCACAAUGAGUGCUCUGUGCUUGUCACUGCUACUUGCCUGUCAACCCGUGGUGUUUGGGCGAGGCUACCCACAGGAAGAGGACCACUUUUGGGGCCAGAAGUCAUCUCAUCCGAACGAUGUUAACUUCGAUGUGGCUGUCGCACAUGGCGAUCGAUCGGUGGCGGCUUCGUGGAGUCACUUGCUCAGUGAUGCGUUAGGACCUCCAAAUUGGCCGAUCGUUGAACCAGCCUGUGGUGGUCGCUUCCAGAGCCCGAUCAACAUCGUAACGGAGGAUACAUUGGUGGUGAAGCGUAAGAUUCCGCUUGAGAUCGUGGGGCUCAACAAUCUGCCCGCCAAGACGACGGUUGAGAACGAGGGUCACUCGGUGAAGUUCACGCCUCAGUGGAGUGGACGAACGCGACCGAUGAUGCGUGGUGGACCGCUCAGGACGACAUACUUCUUCGAACAGCUGCACUUCCACUGGGGUCCGAAUGCAACCGAAGGAUCGGAACACAUGAUCAACGGUCGACAGUUCCCGCUUGAGGUACAUCUGGUGUUCUACAACGGGCUGUACGGCUCGUUUGAUGCUGCCAAAACCGAGGUAGAUGGGCUAGCUGUGGUUGGGUUCUUGUAUGAAGUUGUCUCGAAUUCGGCCAGCUUCACGCUCAACUACUGGGCGCACUUCCUGCCGCAGGUUCGCCAACCAAAUGCUGAAGUCGUGCUGUCGUUUGCGCGAUCGUUCACACUGCAGAACGUGGUCGGUCCGAUGGGGUGGUCGUUCUUCUCGUACGAGGGUAGUUUGACGACACCACCCUGCCUGGAGACGGUCACCUGGAUCGUGUCAGCCAAGCGACUUGCUGUGACGGAACAGGAGUUGCAGUUGUUGCGAUCGUUGAUCGGUUCGAACCGGAAUCCGAUGCGGUUAAACUAUCGACCGGUGCAACCGUUGUACUCGCGGCGUGUUUUCCAAUACUAG